AUGAAUGUCCAUCGACGAAGAGAGAGGUCCACCAAGACAAAGGAUAGGAAUGCAGCCAACGGUGUCUCCAACACCAUCGCUCUUGGUGACAGGUGGAGCACCCUGGUGGAUGGCUGGUUUGUCCAAGCAAAUGCUGGCGAAGAUGGCAGGGUGCAUGGAAGCGAUGCUGUGCAGUUCUUCAGAAGGUCAGGCCUUGACGAUGAAGACCUUGCUAGGGUGUGGGACAAGGUAGUACCCCCCAAGGAGGACAGAAUGAAUAGAAUACAAUUUGAAAACGCCCUCAAGCUGGUGGCACUCUUGCAGACCGGUGGUGAGCUUUCAGAUAUAAAUGCUGUAGAGGCAAUCUCCCAGAAUGUUCCUGACCCAGAGCCCGUGUUCCGCCCCGUGAAUCGCUCCCCCUCUCCUCAGUCCAUGAUACCGCAACCCCCUUGCCAGAACCCCCGCGCUGGCGACACAAGGUGGCUUCCUAGGAGAAAUGCUGCCUCCUCCAGUAAGCUGCCCUCAGGUGAUUCUUGGAUGGAAAGGGCGGCCAGUGUACCGACCAAAUCGGCUGGGGUCGAUGAACGGGCCCCAAGAUCGCGGUCAUUCAGUGGCGGCUUUGCUGAUGGGGGAAGGAGUCCAAAAACUGGCAGGGGCAGCAAGCCCCCCCGGCCAGAAAGGGUGCGGUCAACAAGCAUGCCAUGUUCAUUGGAUGAGGAUGAGGAGCAGAUCGGCAGGCCAGCGACUGGCGCCCUGAGAUUUGUGCGACUCGAUGAGAAGAUUGUUCGGGUGAAGUCACCGAGCAAAGCAAGUGGACGCCAAGGAUUUGCAAAGUCUGUGCAGAUUGAUGAGCACCUGUCUGGAGGACGCUAUGUUGCCAGCACUAACGGGUUGUGGGCAGCUCCUGAUUAUUAUGCUACUGGACCAGAAGAGGAGUUGGGCCAAGCAACUGGUGUACCCAGCACAUCUGGCGAAGCAAGUAACAGGAUGUACAGCGGGGCUAUGAUGGAUGGGCGGCCCCGUGGUGCCGCUCCACAAGGUGGCAAGGCUGCAGCAGUUGACAACCAGAGCACAAGGGGCAAUCCCAGGUUUUUGGAAACGGACACGCAGGUGGGCCGAGACGGACCAGUUCCUAGCAAGUCUGUGACUCUGGAGGAUUUUUCAGCACCAGCCAGUCCAAUGCGUGAAAGGCGUGCCUCUGCUGACUAUUAUUUGGGCGCAGGCUCCAAAUCUGCCAAGUCUGCUGCAACUGACGACUCUUUGCAAAGUGAUCGUCCUCUGUCAGCAAGAGCUGCAUUGGCUGGCAACUAUGGCGGCGGUGGCAUUGCCAAGCCUCCAGUCGCAGAUGAGUAUGCCAGCAUCGGGGCCCCCGUGUCUGGAAGGUCUCGACAGGCUGAUGACCAUCCGAACAGGGACAGUCCCUUGCCUGGCAGGGUCACAGUGGCUGAGGAGUAUGCAGGUGCAAGUGGACCUGUUCCAGGGAGAGUGGCUGACGGUGGUGGACCCAGAGGCAGCCCUGUGCCAUAUAGACCAGUGGCAAGCAGGGAAGACAGUGGAGCUGGAGGAAGCCCUGCUGAGGCACGAGCGGCUGAGGUUGAUGAGCAUGUUGCUCCUGGGCCUGUGACAUCUGACAGGGCUGGAGAGCUGGAUGGCUCGACCGCUAAGAACAGUCCAAAGUCACAUAGAUUUGAAGAGCUGAAGAGCAAGGCAAGUAGUGGGACUUCAGGCAGGUUUGCAGAGCUGGACGAUCAGGAGCCCAGGAUCAGCCCUGUGCACAGCAGGUCUGCUGAUGACCUUGUGGCAGGAGGAGGAUCUAUACAUGGUAGACCUGGUCCUCCAGCAUCAUAUGGUGACAGUGAUGACGACUACAUAUGUGAUCGACGUGCAGAGCAGUCCGAGCAAUCAAUGCGGUCGUAUACACCUUCCUCAGUGGGUGGGCGAUCUUCUCGUUUACAGACCCCAAGUUUCAGCGAUGACAUGGUGUCAGAGUUGGCUGGCAGUGACCUGGCCAAAGAUGUCACUGGCCCCUGCACCGCAGGCCUGGUGAAUGUUGAG